AUGACCAACGCCCUUGAUAUCGUUCCCUUCAUCCCUCCAAUCAGAUAUUACCACGUCGGAGAACAGCUGCUGGUCGACUCGCGCAAGUCCCCGGACCUGAAGUCUCUCUACAGCGGUAUGACUGGCGCCGUGGCAAUCGGGCAUAUGUUGGAGACGUGCCUGCAUCUAAUCGCGGGCACACAAGGCAUCGAUAGCAACGAAUUCAAUGUUGACAAGCGUCGCGGGAUUGAGCUGGUGAACAAGGGAAUGGAUGCUCUGAAGUAUGAAAGAAAAAUUCCGGCCUAUUGGUGGGUAGCGAAGAACAAGAACAUGGUCCAAGAUGAGGUCACUGGAGACUGGAGCUUGGCCCCUCCGUACAUCCCACCUCCACCAGAAGAUAAUUAG